AUGGAGACCUUGCGAAGGAGCCUUUCCCGCUGGAAGAGGUACCACAUUAAGGUGCACUUGGCCGACGAGGACUUGCUGAUUCCCCUCACUGUCAAGCCCACGGACAAGGUGAUGGACCUGCGGGCUCAACUGGUGCGAGAGGGCAUCACCUCUUGGAAGAAGACUUUUUACUACAACGCCAGGCAGCUUGGGGAAGAGGAGACUGUGAAGGAGGCCAAAAUCCAGAAUGGAUCUGUCCUGCUUCUUGUCAGCCACAAGAGGUCACUCAAGCUGCAGCCUCAGGCCUCAAACACCACCACCAUGAUCCAGGCUUCAUGCCGGUGA